GGGCACGCUCAGCAGGUAGCAACACGCGCGCGACAGUUUACACCCCGGCACGCCUGCUUGAACAGUCACGGUUGCCACAGCAACGAGGCGGCACCUUCGCUGCCGCAACGCACCACACCUCUGUCGUCCCGUUGGCUAAACGUGCACCCGGACGGUCAGCUGAGUCAGCAGCUGAGCUCCGGGUUCCGCGGUGAUCUGGGCAGGCCGUCCCGAACCCGCCUCACCUGUCCCUCUCCUCACCUGGCUGGCAGUCGACGGGCCGAGGGAGCAGAACCGCUAUCUUUUUGUUUUCAAGAGGAGGAGUUGGAGCUCGCAUACAGGGAGGAGGCAUCUGCUGCAAAUGAAGAAGGGGAGGAAGAGGAUGAGCGGGAGGCUGUUGAAUCUGAGGAGGCCGAGUCUGAGCAGAAAUCAUCGACACCGAGCAGAGACAGGCCAGCUCCUCCCAGCAGUCUCCCUUUAUCAGGUCCACGACCCAUGAAGAAGAAAGUCUUGGUGGCUCCAACUCUCAGUCUGUCGUUAGGUGGCAGCGAGUCAAUCGUGUCUGAUGACUUAACCGCAGCCUUUAUCUCCCCCUCCCCUGAAAAUGAUGAUGACACUGGGCUCGACAUAGACUUGGACGCCAUGGAGACGCCUUCUGACAGUGAAUCACUGCAUUUCCCCACGUACGAUCUGAACCUGGAAGACGACCUGCGCCGCCUCGGCGUGGCGUCCCACCGCCGCAGAGCGUCCAGCUCCAGGUCCAGGUCAGAUUCCCACACCAGCUCCUUACGAGGGAUCGAUCAGAGCGGACUGGAGAGGGAGGAUGUGGUGGAUGGCCAGGGCACCAGAUGGCGCUCCUUCUCCAUCGGUGACCAGCCGCAGGAGGGCCGGGUCAACAUGAGCGUCCUGGAGCCGUUUCUCAGGGUGCUGUCGCAUGGAGGUAUAGGGCCAGCCGGCCUCAUGCUGAUUUACCCGGUUAGGCAUCACCUAAAACCGCUGUUUCAUCACUCAGGCUACUACGAAGACAGCACCAACGACAUCAUUGUGUUUUCCUCUUGUUACCUGCCGGAGAACAGUUUGGAGAAUUACCAGUACGUGAUGGAUAACCUGUUCAGGUUUGUGGUCGGCACUUUGGAACUGAUGGUGGCAGAGAACUAUGUGAUCGUUUAUUUCUGUGCUGGAUGCCAGAAGGACAAACUGCCGGGCAUCGGCUGGCUCAAAGAGUGUUACACUACCAUCGAUCGGAGGCUGAGGAAGAACCUGAAGGGCUUCUACGUGGUCCAUCCCACCUGGUACAUCAAAGCUCUCAUUACCAUCAUCAAACCCUUCAUCAGUUCUAAAUUCAGCAGGAAGCUGCAGUUUGUCGACAGCCUUCAACAGCUUUCCCACUUCAUCCCCACUGAGCAUGUGCAGAUCCCAGACAGCGUCAGAGAGUAUGACCAGAGCUUGUCCAGGUGA